AUGUUUUUUCUGUCGCAGCAGUACAGCCAAGACCUUCCCAAUCGCAAGGCACUGCAGCAUAAGCACAGCACUGGUGAAUGCAAGAUGCCUGGUUCUGGUGGUAACCAGACUGCAGGCGUUCCGCCCAUUGCGGACGAUCCCGAGGUUCUGCCGGUCAAUGUCCCCGCGACGACGGAGGAAAACGACUCCGCCUCGGCGGCUGUCGGCACAGCGGAGAACAGAACUGGCACUCCCGUUUUCACUAGUUCCAUUCCUGCAACCUCCAUCAACGCGACGAAUAAUCGUCUGGCUAGCAUCAUGCAACUCUUUACGUCGCAGAACGAUGACUUUGAGCGGUUUGCACAGAUUCCCCAGUAUGGGGAGAAAAGGAAGAGAAGCUGGAAGAGCUCUCGCGAUACAGGAGUUAAAUGCCAGCGCGUGUGGUCACGUGCCCAACCAAGUGGAGCCACAGUGCACUCCGGCGGCAGCUGCCGUCACACCCAGGAGCAGAUGGCCGAGCUCUUCCGCACCCUAGCCAACAUAGCUGCUAGUACUGCCGUUCCAGGCGGGAGUCUCCUAAGCACCAUCCCUGCUGGUUCGCGUACUGGAAGCGUUCCCCCCUAUACGCCCGCUAAGUCCAAUUCUGGUCAGCCCAUAGCUCGUACUCAGCAGAACAAUAACCUGGACGAGUCUAACAACGCACCGACGCGUCGUUCUCUCCAAAAUGCGGACGCCAACUCGGAUCCCGACGAGUUCGAGGACCCUAUAGCCCCUGUUGGUUAUUCUAGCCGCCAGCUGGCCGGAACGAUUAUGCCAAAGAAUGAGUAUGCAUGGGUACUUGGUGGGCAGAUCCUCCCUGUCGCGGCGGUUAUAGAAUCAGCACCGCCCUCUCACGACCCGCUGAUGUAUACUGCGUACAUUAUGAACAACCUCGCUCGCUCUGGUCCAGACGAGAGCAUGCUUUGGUCUAUAUUGCGUUCUGACGGCGGGAUCAAGUACCUCGCUCGUUUGUUAGAAGUCAAGGAGCGUCCUCAGGGCCCUAACAACUCAUCCUACGCGGUACUCAAGCUUGGCCUUCAUGCCAAUAACAGAGAACUUCAAGAAGCCCAUGUCAUCCUCUACAUCAGUAGUAGUGUACUGGCCAAUGUAGAGGACCGUCGUGAUUGCAAUCGAGAGCCGUGGUGA